UGUUGGCGAUUCUGUGAACAGCGGAUUUGUAGUAUUGUUCAGACAUAUAUUGCAAGAUGUUUGUAUUUUCGGUUCGUUACGGGUAUUAUAAAAGUACCAUUGAAAUGAGAUAUAUGUGUUAGUGAUAUCAAUUUAACUCAAAAGGGUAACGUCAGAUCCUGAAAACUACUGGGGUGAUGCCUUUGACAAUGGUACUGGAAAUGGAGUGCUAGGCUUCGUUGCGAUGGACCAGGCAGAUAUUGGCUUCUCAGCUUUCUAUGCAUGGCCCAGUAGUUUCAAAGUGGUGGACUUUCCUGCAUCGCACAUGCGCAGUUCUGUGACCAUGGUGACACCACAACCUAAAUUACUGCCUGGUUGGAUGGUGCCCCUGGCGCCCUUUUCUAGUACAAUGUGGGGAGCAGUCGGCGCAUGUCUUGUGGGGUCCACAUACAUUCUGUAUAAUCUACAGAGAUUUGUUGACAAGUAUCUUGGCAAUUCACAAGACAAAGUGAACCCAUUCUCCAAGAUGGACUACACUGCACUACGCACCUAUGCCAUGUUAGUGAACCAGGCUCCCACAUUCUCAUGGAAUUCCAACGUUCCUCGACAUGUUCCGGCUCGACAUUUUGUUGCUUGGUUCCAGUUUCUGGGGGAGGUUAUCUCUGACACCUACAAUGCAGGUCUUGCAUCUGUGUUGUCAUCACCGAGAUAUGAACCUCCAAUUGAAACGAUAGAAGACCUUGCCAACCGAGAUGUUAUCUGGGCUGGAAACCACGUUGCUUGGAUUUGGUCCAUUGAAGAAGAUGAUAAUCCAAACCUGCAGACAAUCACUGAGAAUUUCCGUUGUUUGACAAAUGAGCAGAUGAAUGAGAUUGGCCAGAGGAGUGGAGAUUUGGCAUUUGGAAUAGAGAGACUGCAAGGAGGUCAUUUCACAACAGAGCCACAUAUAAAUGGGGGCACAGUGAAGCAUCGCCGCAUCAUGCGAGGGACUCUGUACUGGAGCCACCUGUACAUCUUGCUGCGAAAGGGCUCACCAUAUAUGCGCCACUUUAGGACUCUGGUAUCCCGGCAGCCUUCCAGUAGAGGCACCAAAUAUCCUUCAUGUGUAUGAGGAAGCGAUGGCACUUGGUCUGGCAGAAUGGUACAAAAUGAGGAAUGCUAUUGCAGUGACUUGGGAAAGUCAAUAGAGGUUGAUACUCAAGUCUUAUCCAAGAAUCAAGAAAGAGGCUAUUCACUGAACAAAGGGGUUACAGCGUCAGAAGCAGGACACUCAGAGGGCCUGGUAUUGACAUCACAUCUGUAUGCAGGAUUACUAGACCUUGGACAUCGAAACAGAGCUACAUUGAAUGGAAAUGGGUUUUUCGCAGAACAUAUCUUCUCCUGAAGUGGUCUUUGGCAUGAUGGCAGUAGCAAUACACAGUGGUUGGAAUACAUGAGUGAAUAAACGAAAUGGCAGCAGUACAUAACCAAAAAGCUUUUUGAAUGGAGGAUCUGCAACUAUGCUGAGCUAGAUGCACCAGUCAAUUUGCAAGCUACACCAUGAUCAUUUGAAGAACUUACUUUUCAACACCACUGCAUUUAGGAGGUUACAUGUUUGACCUUAUAAUACUACCCUUGAAGAAACUGCCAUGGCGGCUGGAGAAAAUUUCAUUGUCAUAAUUUCUUCAAUUUUCACUUAUUUGGGAUCCAAUCUUCCGUAAAUUCUUUCAGUUUGCACCUUUCCUCUCAAUAAGAACAGUGAUUCAGAAAUAUAAGGAUUCUUGCGAUUUACUGUAUUUGUUGUAUUAGGUACAUAACCUGAGUGGACAAAAUUACAGUUUUCAAUUAAUUUUCCUUCAUGUAAGUUGUCUGUGUGAUUCCUCCAGAUAUUUAAAUGCUGACACUUCUCUAAAUCGGCAUUUUGCAGUUUCCUUGCAUGAUCUAGUAGGAUGAUUUCAUGGGAACUUUUCGGCAAAUUUUAUGUUUGCGUUUGCAUUUGGUUGUAAAAAAAUUUGCCAUUGAAUAUUACUUUGUCUGCCAAUAACAGUUUAAAAACUUUAUUGGCUUAUCUUAAAUUACUUCUUAAUUGCUUUUAAAAUAUGCAGUGUCCUAUGUGCUAUUAAUAAAACCUGAAGAUGAGUAAUUUUAGCCAAAA